UUGACCCUUGUUUUGGAAAGCCCUACCGGGAGCUGGAAGCAGUCGCUGCGGGAGCUGAUGAGACAGUGUUGGUUACUGGGGGGUCUGGCUUCAUUGGAUCGAAUUUAGUCGAGGAAUUGUUGGAGUUGGGAUACAAAGUGCGGGUUUUGGACAAUUUAGUGACAGGUAACAUCCAGUAUCUGCCAUUGGACCAUCCGCGACUAGAGUUUCGCUAUGGGGAUAUUAUGGACUUGAAAACUCUGCGGGCUGCGAUGGAGG